AUGACAACAAAUGACUCUCAAGAGAUUGUCUCAAAAGACGGCCGAAAGCACCCUCGAUCCUCCAAUAAAAUAUCAAAAACAUCAAAAUAUUUAAAAUUGCACAAAAAUAGAUAUACAAGGUGUAAAGAGGCUACAGGUGUAAACGAAGCUUUUGGAGGUCUAUGUGUUUAUUUUCUUGGAGAUUUGCAACAAUUGCCUCCCGUUUUGGAUCCACCGGUUUACAAUAGCAGAAAUUAUCUACCAGAAGCGAUAUUAGGUGCGCUCCUCUUCUCUUCAAUACUAAAAACAUUCAAAUUGACAACAUGCGUCCGACAAGCAGGAGAUGAGCAGAUAGCUUUUCGUAAUUUGUUAGAUGAACUAGCUCUCGGUCGUAUUUCUGAUGUAAAUUACGAUUUAUUGAUGACCAGGAGAAUCAAUCUUUUAUCGGUUGAAGACAGAGAGUCAUUUAAAGAUUCCAUGUAUCUAUUUUCAACAAAUGAGUUAGUCAAGGAGAGAAAUGUCGCAUACCUGCAUUCACCUGGAUUUCCUGUCGCUGAAAUAAAAGCAGAACACAACCUUGCAACCGCAGCAAAUGGGCCUGAAUGUCAAGCAUCUUGCCUAGAGCCAGUGUUAAAUAUUUCUAUAAAUACAAGAGUUACGCUUAGAAGAAAUUUAAGGGUGGUUUAG